AUGGCCACGACUCUCCAUGCCAGCGGAUGGCUGAGUCCCUGGACGCUGUUUUUCAUAUUCAUCAUAUGCAUAUUUGCAUUUGCUCUCCUGCGAUCACCGCUAAGACAUAUUCCAAAUGCGCAUUGGAGCUCCGGUGUAUCCCCCCUGUGGAUUCUGUGGACUCGUUACAACAAUAGAGAGUUGCAGGUUCUCGAAGAAAAGCACCGACAGUUAGGACCUAUCCUGCGGCUCGGCCCCGCCGAUCUCUCGGUCAGCUGCUACGAGAACGGCGCAAGAACAAUCUAUAAUGGGGAUUUCGAAAAGCCGGGAUACUACAAUUUCUUCUCGUACUACGCCAGGAAGAACGCUUUCUGCAGCCUGACCAGGCAGGACCAUUCAAUGCGAAGGAGAAGAAUCACCUUUGCAUACAGCAAGUCGUCACUGUACAAGUCGGAAUCGCUAUCCGCCGUCACUCGAGCUAUUCUUCUCCAACGACUGCUGCCCGAGCUCCAGCAGCACGCUUCUUCGCAUGAACCCACGGACAUCCUGCCUCUGGUAUACGCCCUCAGCCUCGACCUCUUGACGUGCUAUCAGCUCGGGCUAUCCUCGGGGUCAAACUUUUUGCAAGAUCGGAGCAGUCUUAUGGAAUGGCUUCAUCACUACGAGCAGCGCUACUGCAAGGAAGCCUUUUGGCCGCAGGAGCUUCCGACACUGACGCGGUGCAUGGGACACCUGGGCAUCAACAUGCUGCCUGCUUCGCAGUCGCGGGCCACGCAAUUUCUGGAAAAGUGGCUGCUUGAGUUGUGCGACGGAGCCGAGAGAUUGGCUUCGCGCGGCCAAGACGGGGAGCGUGCGCACCCGGGCAAUGUGCCGGUCGUGUAUGAGCUUGUGAAGCAAGCGGUUUAUGCGGACAGUGCGGAAGCGAGCUUCGAGGACAAAAGACGCGAGAUUGCGAGUGAACUCUUUGACGAAAUGUCCGGGGGGCGUGAAGUCUUGGGCCUCGUACUUUCCUACACAAUCUACUAUCUCUCCGAGAAGCCGGCGGCGCAAACGCGACUGAUGGAGGAGCUUGCGACGUUGAAGCCUUCCGCGCAUCACGACUGCGCAGCCGAACAGGAGGGACGCCGCCCAGAGCUGCCGCGCGCCAGCUCGCUGGAGAAACUGCCUUACCUGUCGGCUAUUCUCAAGGAAUCAUUCCGCAUGCGUCCCACGAGCACCCCCCUGCCUCGGCUGACGCCGCGCCAUCGCUCCGUGUCUCUCGCAGGCGUUGACGGCAUUCCUCCGCGGACGAGGGUCAACGUCUUCCAGUGGUUUAUCCACCGCAACCCCGACAGCUAUCACCGCGUGCACGAGUGGCUGCCGGAAAGGUGGCUGGAAGCCGAGGCGGGCGGGCAGAGGCUGCCGCUGUGGCCGUUUGGAGGCGGCAGCCGGAUGUGCGUCGGGGUGUCCCUGACUUAUUACCUCAUGCGCUACGUGUUGGCCGUGGUGUAUUCGAAUUUCAGGACGAGCGUGGUUUCGAAACGGACGGAUGUGCGGGAGCCGGGCUCGUUGGAGGACGAGAUUGUUGUGCGGUUUGAGCGCGUGUCUCGUGGGGAGUGGGAGGGUGCGGCUGGCUCGGCUGGAGGGCAGGAAAAGUGA